CCCGCCGUUUUGAGAUUAUAAUGGCGGCUGGAGGGGCUGACGUUGAUGCGGACGCGCCUGGGUCCCCGCUGCAGCCUUGGGAGCGGGAAAGCGCGGCCCGAGAAGCGGCGGAAGGAGUGAAAGCUGGGACCCGCACCAUAUUGGAUGUUGUGGAAUCCUUGGGAUCCCUGCUUGAGAAUGCAGACACUCGAAUGCGUGCACGGGGCCUUCAGGUGCUCUCUGAAGUCCUGCUACAAUGCUACUCCCUACUUCAAGAAAAAGAAGUGACCCACCUGGUCUUGUUCUUCGAGAACCGACUGAAAGAUCAUCAUGCUGUCAUUCCCUCUGUGCUGCAGGGACUCAAAGCUUUGAGUAUGUGUGCAGAAUUGGCUCCAGGCCUGGCAGUGUCUGUUCUCAAAGCCAUCUUUCAGGAGGUUCAUGUCCAGUCUCUGCUGCAGUUAGAUCGCCAUACAGUCUACAGCCUCAUCACUAAUUUCAUGAGCGGCCGAGAGGCAGAGCUGAAGAGUCUGGGUGCUGAUUUCACCUUCGGCUUCAUCCAGGUGAUGGAUGGGGAGAAGGACCCUCGCAAUCUGUUAGUGGCCUUUCAGAUAGUGCGAGACAUCAUCGUCAAGGGCUAUGUGCUCGGGCCCUUUGUAGAGGAGCUGUUUGAGGUGACAUCCUGCUACUUCCCUAUCGACUUUAUUCCUCCUCCGAAUGAUCCUCAUGGAAUCCAGAGAGAGGACUUGAUUGCCAGCCUGCGGGCAGUGCUAACCUCCACCCCUGCUUUUGCUGAGUUUCUGCUUCCACUUCUCAUUGAGAAAAUGGAUUCUGAUGUACAAAGUGCGAAGAUGGACUCCCUACAGACACUGAAUGCUGUCUGCAUGAUCUAUGGGCAGAAAGAGCUGAAGGAUUUUCUCCCUAGCCUCUGGUCAUCCUUGCGCAGAGAGGUGUUCCAGACAGCAAGCGAGAAGAUUGAAACAGAGGGUCUGUCUGCUUUGCGUGCUCUGUCAGCAUGUCUGUCCCGCUCAGUGCUCAGCUCAGAUGAUGAAGACCUUCUGGACUCCUUCCUCAGAGGCAUUCUGAAGGAUUGCAGGCACCACCUGUGUGAGCCUGACAUGAAGCUGGUGUGGCCAAGCGCAAAGCUCCUGCAGGCAGCCGCAGGGGGUUCCUUGCGGGCCUAUUACCAGAUCGCAAGCAGUGUAUUUCCGUUACUGGUGGAGCAGUACAAUAAGCAUUUGCAGAGUAACCAGCGUAGGACAAUCUUGGAGGUGCUGCUUGGUUUCUUGGAGCUGCGGCAAAAGUGGGGUCCUGAGGAAGAAGACAAGAGUCCCCUGCUUUGCGCCAAAGAUGCUCUGUGCUCCAUGGUGUUCUCGGCACUUGUUGAGGCUAGCGUGCAGCUGCAGUUGGUUGGGAUCCGAGCUUUGACCUUUUUAGGAUUAUUACAAGGGCUCCUGGACUUCCCGGAUGUGGAUAGACUUGUGGACAGCCUGGCACGGUUCAUCCUUCAUGAGGAAGAUUCCCAGACCAGCUUGGCUGCCAUGGAGGCUGCAGGCACCCUGACUCCCUUCUACCCAGAGGCCUUCAGCAGGUGCUUGGUUCAGAAGCUCUCAGAGGGUCUGCAGGCAGAAUUACAGGAGGACAGCGCUGAAUUCCAGCAGGACCGUUGCCUGCAGGCCUUAGCAGCAGUGUCCACCCACCCAAGAAUAAUGAAGGAGACCGUUCCAAUUCUCCUCCAGCAUCUCCAGAAGGUGGAGAAAGGCAGCACGCAGGCAGGUCUCCACUCUGUGGUGUCCGUGUGCCAGAGUCUGAAGCAGGUGGCAUUGCAGUGCCAGCAAAAUGCUCAGAAUUAUUGGUACUUUCAUCAGGCUGUGGUGCCCUGCUUGAUGGGCUUAGCCGUGCAGGCUGCUAUGCAAGAAAACACCCACACAAUGCUGAGCAAAGUGCUGCUGAAGGAGGAAGCCUUAUCCGCCAUGGCGCUGGUCAUCAGCGCUGCUUGUAUGUACUUAAGUCCAGAGCUGGCUGCCCAGAGUGUCUCCAAAGUGGUGCCCCUGUUCCUAGAUGGAGAGCUCUCCUUCCUUCCUGAAAACAGCUUUCCCAGCACCUUCCAGCCCUUCCAGGAUGGGCAGUGCCCGGUUCAGACCCAGAAAAAACUCGUCACUCUGCUCAUGGCUUUUGUGUGCUCCUUGCCAAGAAACGUGGCCAUUCCUCAGCAGGACCGAUUACUGCGGGAGCUGCUAGCCUUGAGCUGCUACUCUGACUGUCCUUUCACCGCCACAGCCGCUGCCAAAUGUUUUGCAGGCUUGGUUAACAAGCACCCAGCAGGGCCUCAGUUGGAUGAGCUCUUGGGAGCAGCCAUGGACAAGUUGGAGGAAGGCCUGAGCGAGUGUCCCCACAGAAGCCAGGCUCUCACACUGCUGCUGUGGGUGAGCAAGGCUCUGUUGUUGCGCUAUCACCCCCUGACCACACACCUGACCGACAAGCUGCUCAUGCUCCUGGGGAAUCCAGUCCUUGGUCCGGCAGUGGGCAAUGGAUUUGCCUUGCUUAUGGCCGACUCUCCAGAUGUGCUGGGCAAGAGUUGCCAUGCUGACGUGCGCCUCAUGUUCCGCCAGCGCUUCUUCACAGAGUGUGUGCCACAGCUGGUGCAAGGCUUUCACACGGCUGCCCCUGGUGUGAAAGCAAAUUACUUGAAAGGCCUCUCUCAUAUACUCAACCACCUGCCCAAGCCAGUACUGGUGACCGAGCUGCCUACAUUGCUCCCCCUGUUGCUGGAAGCCCUGUCGUGUCCUGACCAUGUGAUCCAGCUCUCAACUUUGCACUGUCUACAGCCACUGUUGCUCGAUGCGCCCCUGGUUGUGAGCCUGCACAUUGAUACCCUUGUGGGCAAGUUCCUUGGCCUGACAGACAGCCCAGCUAUGGCAAUUCGUAUUGCUGCACUUCAGUGCCUCCAUGCCCUUGCUUCUUUGCCCACACCAGUGGUGAUCCCCUACAAGCCACGGGUGAUCCGAGCACUGGCUAAACCUUUGGAUGACAAGAAGCGGCUGGUACGGAAAGAAGCGGUGACUGCACGAGGAGAAUGGUUUCUUCUCGGGACCCCUGGCAGGUGAAGGCUUGCACUGCCAGUACUGACUGACAAUCUUGCUCGCCCCCACUUCCCCUGUUAAGCCAUUGGCCUUGAUUUCA